AUGACAAAGAUAACGGAGCCAGUUUGGAUCCUUCUGUUGACGUGCGAUUUGCAUCUUCUGCUCGUCACUUUCACUGCGGCUCCGAGACUCAAGUACUGGACAGACUUCUACCUCCAGUGGAAUGUGUCGGAUUAUCCUGGAGUCUCCAACGUCCGCUUCCCUGACAGUCAGAUCUGGAGACCGGACAUCCUGCUGUACAACAGCGCUGAUGAGAGGUUCGAUGCUGCAUUCCACACUAACAUCCUGGUGAACUCCUCUGGAUACUGUCAGUAUCUGCCUCCAGGCCUCUUCAAAAGCACGUGUUACAUCGACGUUCGCUGGUUCCCGUUCGACGUACAGAGAUGUGAGCUGAAGUUCGGCUCCUGGACGUACGGCGGCUGGUCCCUGGAUCUGCAGAUGGUCCACGCAGACACCAGCGGCUACAUCACCAACGGGGAGUGGGACCUCCUGGAGGUACCAGGACGGAGGAGCGAGCGCUUCUAUGACUGCUGCCUGGAGCCGUACCCUGAUGUGACCUUCACGGUGGUGAUGAGGAGGAGGACUCUGUACUAUGGUCUGAACCUGCUGCUGCCCUGUGCCCUGAUCUCCAGUCUGGCUCUGCUGGUGUUCCUGCUGCCUGCUGACUCUGGGGAGAAGAUCUCACUGGGGAUCACAGUUCUUCUAUCUCUCACGGUCUUCAUGCUGCUUGUGGCAGAGAUCAUGCCAGCGACGUCCGACUCCGUCCCUCUCAUAGCUCAGUACUUUGCGAGUACCAUGGUGAUCGUGGGUCUGUCGGUCAUUGCCACAGUCCUGGUUCUGCAGUACCAUCACCACGACCCAGACGGAGGAACCAUGCCAACGUGGACCCGCGUGCUGCUGCUGAACUGGUGCGCCUGGUUCCUGAGGAUGAGGAGACCAGGGGAGAGCAGGGUCCGACUGGGAUGUCCCAACUCCAAACUCCCCAGAGGAAGCAUGUCCAGCCUGGAGCUCAGCGUCAGCCAGGCCUCUCUGAGGCACCCAGCGAUUCCCAAUGGAGGAAACCUGCUCUACGUUGGCUUCAGCUCUGGUCCAGACCCAGAGUUGCUGUGCUCCCGGAUGGUGACCCCCGAGGAGGAGGUGCUGAGAGGAGGUUCCCGGGUGGAGGCCGAGCUCCUCCAGAUCCUAGAGGAGGUGAGGUACAUCUCCAGACGGUUCCGCAGCCAGGACGAGGAGGAGGUGUUGGGGAGCGAGUGGAAGUUUGCAGCAGCUGUGAUUGACAGAUUGUGUUUAGUGGCUUUCUCCCUGUUCACCAUCCUCUGCACCAUCGGGAUCCUCAUGUCUGCCCCCAACUUUGUGGAGGCCAUUUCAAAGGACUUCUUCAGCUGA